AUGGAAACGGUAGCAGGCACGGAACCAGUCAACCCAACGGCUGAAAUAGGAAAUAGCAUCGUCAUAGCGACCACCAGCAGCGCCACACUACCUAGUUCCGCAACUAAAAAGCCUUCCCAGAAGAGGAAGAAACCUGCCGGCUCCCCACAUCAACCCACACCGGGUGCCACUGACACACCCGGCACCAAAACGAAGCCACCGCCGAUUGAUCUCAUCACCACUGGUCCCGCGAUGAACGGCAGUGAGAUGCAGCUGCCGGCUGGCUCGGCAGGAACCACUUCCCACGACGGACCAUCCCCACCAAGCGCCAAAAAGCAGAAGAAAAAACAGCCCGAGGAAGGGAAGGAAUCGCACGGAAAGAAACAGAAAUCAAACGCAAAACAGGCACGUUUCCAUAUCAAGCUGUAUUCGGCACCGAAACAGCCGGUCGCUGCCACGACGGCCGGAAUAGCGAAGAAAAAGCAGGCCAAACAGCAAACGGUGACGACAACGGCCGCUUCGGAACAAACCAAAAAGCAGCAACAGCAGAACGGCAAGAAAUCGUCGAAAAAAAGUCGUCCCAGUUCGAAGGUGAACGGUGCGUCAGUCGGAUUAGCACCGAGCAGUGUGGUAACUCCGUUGAAGCGCCCCUCACAAAUCAAACAAGAACCAAGGACACUGACCAGGGCAAAAAAUACCGCCACCGAUGGUACGGCCCAUCACGAGCUGGACAGUGUAAUGAUCGGGCGGCAAACGUUUGCCUGGCUGAUUGGCCCCGGUACGACAGUGGAUGAAUUCAUGCGCACCUACUGGGAACGGAAGCACCUGCUGGUGAAGCGCAACGAUCGGUCGUACUAUGGCGGCCUACUGUCCCGUGCCAUGAUCGACGAGAUGCUGCGUACGAACAACAUCGAGUACACGAAAAACAUCGACAUCACCUCGUACCGGGACGGACAGCGCGAAACGCACAAUCCGGACGGUCGUGUGCUUCCGCCCGACCUGUGGCACUUUUACGACACCGGAUGUAGCGUGAGAAUGCUCAACCCGCAGACGUAUCUGCGCUCGGUGUACGAGCUGAACGUGAAGCUGCAGGAGUACUUCCACUGUAUGACCGGGGCCAACUUCUAUCUAACACCGCCGGGCAGUCAGGGCUUUGCACCUCACUACGACGACAUCGAAGCGUUUGUGCUGCAGAUCGAGGGUCGCAAACGAUGGCGUCUGUACGGACCGCGCACACCCCAAGAAGUGUUGGCUCGCGUUUCCUCCGAAAAUCUACGCCAGGACGAACUGGCCGGACCACCCAUCCUGGACGUGGUGCUUGAGGCGGGUGACUUGCUGUACUUUCCCCGUGGCUGUAUCCAUCAGGCCGCAACCGUACCGGGAGCCCAUUCGCUUCACAUUACCGUUAGCAUGUACCAGCGUAACUGUUGGGCGGAUCUGUUCGAGCAGAUGUUACCGAUUGCGUUGGCAGGCGCGGCCGAAGAGGAACCGCAGCUGCGCGAAGGUUUGCCGCUAGAUCUGCAUCAACACUUUGGCAUCGUGCAUUCGGACGGAACGGGUGCGGAACGGCGCCGAUUAAUCGUGCGCAUACGGUCCAUGUUCGAUAAGCUUUUUUCGGACGCGGCAAUCGAUGGGGCGGUCGAUCAGUUGGCCAAACGGUUCCAGCACGAUGCACUGCCCCCGUUGGUUGAUUUUGGCGAAUGGGACGACACGGUGUACGGUUCGGGAAAUUACGAAUUCCGACCGGACGGUACGGUACGGUGUGCGAGACCGAUCGAUGAUCGUUCGUCGGUUCGGUUGCUGCGCCGCAACAUACUGCGACUGGUGAGCGAAGAGGACAAGCUACGCAUUUACUAUCACACGGACAAUUCGCGCGAGUAUCACCAGUACGAGGCGAACUUUCUCGAGCUGGACCACGAGACGGCGCUCGGUGUGGAGUUGCUGAUCAAGAUGUAUCCGAGGUACGUGUUGGUCAGCAGCUUGCCGGUGGAGGAUCGGCUCGAGUUCAUACGCAGCCUGUGGGAGAAAGGGUUGAUUGUGUGCCGUAGACCGGACGACGCUGCGAGCGCCAACAGUUCAGCAACAUUCACCACUACUGCGUAA